UCAGCUGAGGCUUCAAGAUGUUAGUAUCAACCGUGUUUGUGCGUGAAUAAGGUCUUGAAGAGUGUGGGCUGAGGUGGUACUUCAACUUCAACUCUCCAUUUGUUCCUUUCUUGAAGACUCUAGUUGUCGAGGUUCCGGCUACUGAGUUCUGUAGUGUUGGCGCCUGUUGGAAGCUGCUCUGGCAUAGUGAAGAAUUUGUAUACAAUAGUCUGCUGAGGCGUUGCUUCUGCUGCACCUUCGAGUCAUGAAGAUAUUCACACUUCUCUUACUGAUAGGGAUGCUGCUCCCGUCUGCCAUAGGUUUUUGGUGGCUGGAUCUAGAGCCUAGAAAACAGUUGUCAGUCGACAACCACACCCUGGACAGUGGCAGUGAUCACCAGAGUGGGGGUGAUCAGCACAGCGAUCAGCAGAACAGUAAAGCCAGUAGUCGUGACCCCCACUACAGCCAUCUCAGCACGGUGGUGAUCACAUGAAGGGUGAUGACCGUCACAGCCAUCAUCACGGCAGUCAUCACAUGAAGGGUGACGACCGUCACAGUCAUCACCCACGGCAGUCAUCACAUGAAGGGUGACGACCGUCACAGUCAUCAAAGAAGGGUGACGACCAUCACAGCCGUCAUAACGCCAGUCAUCACAUUAAGGGUGAUGACCAUCACAGUCAUCAUCAUCACGGCAGUCAUCGCAUGAACGGUGACGACCGUCACAGCCAUCAUCACAUGAACGGUUAUGACCGUCACAGCCAUCAUCACAUGAAUGGUGACGACCGUCACAGCCAUCAUCACAUGAACGGUGACGACCGUCACAGCCAUCAUCACAUUAACGGUGACGACCGUCACAGCCAUCAUCACAUGAACGGUUAUGACCGUCACAGCCAUCAUCACAAGAAUGGUGACGACCGUCACAGCCACCACAAGAGCGGUGAUCGUGUCCCAAGCUCCGACAAACAUCACAGUCACCACCACGGCAGCGAUCGCAAUUGCAGUGACCACCAACACAGUCAGCAACACGAUGGUGCUGCAGCUUCAGGAGCUGCUGAACCUCACACACCAGCAGCUGUUGACCCUCUCACAGCAGCUGCUGAGCCUCACAUACCAGCCCUUGAGCUAGUGCACAACACCUCCGAUACUCUCCCCUGCCCUAUGUUAUACACCCGCGUUGGUCAGCGCUGCCUCGCCUUCUUCACCGUUGCCCGGGUUCCCUGGUCAACCGCGAGGGAAUUCUGUAACAGUAUUUUCGGCGACCUUGUCACCUUCACCGAUAUACACCAGUAUAUUGAAAUUCUGGAAUACCUGCAGACCUCUGGAGUGGACGUGGACCUGUGGGUGGGAGGACGUGAUGGAAAGAAUGGGUGGGAGUGGAUGGACGGGACUCCCAUGCCCCGGGGAACUCCAUACUGGGCCAUCAGGUCAGCUGAGGGAACUCACAGUCACAUCCACCCCUCCACGUCCUACUUACAAGCUCCGUACAGCUUCCCAGCUUGGAAAUACGAUCAGACUGGCAGCUGCGCCGCUAUGAUGCCCAAAUAUUUCUACUACUUGUCGGAUGUAGCAUGCCGCGAUUUGAAGAGUCCAGUGUGUGCGCUCCGAGAGGGGGCGCAGGUGGUGAUAGCGAGGGGCAGCGAAGAUACAUACCCGGGCAUCUUCAUUCCUACCCAAGAUGACCACACUAUCGUCUGGGAGAAAGCACCGCCCACUAAGACCGCCCACACCACAACAGACAUGGAGGGAGCACCACCCAACACGACCGCCCACACUAACACCGCCACCACUCAACAAGUUACCUCUACCCCUCCAGCUUCAACUUCGAGUCCCAUCUCGAAAUCUGAAGAUGACUCUGACGGGUCAGGCAUUCAGCCCUUCCCCAGCAAGCACCGCACGUUUGACGACUCCAGCGAAGAGGAGGAAGACGAUGAGGAAGAGGAGGAGGAGGGGAAGAAGGAAGGUGAAAAGGGUCAAAAGGAAGGAUCUGGGAUGAUGCCAGACUUCUUAAUUGACUCCGAGACUGUGCAUAACAUCUUCAUGGAAAUUUAACACUCAUACUUAGACACUGACUUAUUUCAUAUUGUGAAAACCAUUUUAAUAUUAUUAUUAUUGCUAGUGUCCGCAUGUUGUGCCGGGUCACUUCACACUGUUGUUUUCACUUUGAACUUCUCGUGUGUUUGUAAAUAAUAGAGCAAAUACAUAGUAUUUAUAGUGACAUAUUAAUAUUGGGACAUACACUAAUAAAUAUACUACAUAUAACCACGUAGAGUUCCAGUAACACUGACAAAGAAAGCUCUAAUGUUGAUAUUGCUAUAGAUACACAAAUAAUACAGAUAAUAUUGACUUGUACAUAGUAAAGAAAUUGAGAAUUUGCAAUUUAAAUCCCACAGCCUGUGUAUAAAGAGAAGAUAAUCACAACAUUGCUACAGGUCACUACACUCUAGAGAUGUAUCGGAUGUGAAAAUUUAGAUAUACGCAGAUGCAAAUGUGCAUGAGGAUGUCUUACUUAUUUUGCGGAUGCGGAUGCGGAUGCAGAUGUAAGGAAUUGUGCGGAUGUUCCGUGGAUGUUGAUGCGGAUGUAAGAAAUUGUGCGGAUGUUCUGAUGAUUCUGAUGCGGGUGCAUGUGCGAAUAUCUGUUUACAGUAAAAUUCGGUUGCGGAUGCGGAUGUGAGAAAUUGUGCGUAUGUUCCGCGGAUGCGGAUGCAGAUGCGGAUGUCCGAUACAUCACUACAGUAAACUCUUCACUAACCUCUCCAGAGGAAGUUUCUUUUAUCACGUCUAUUUAUAUUUAUUAACAUAUGAAAUAAGGUACUAGUGCUGGGUGCUGCGAGGAGCCGCUGUAGUUUAUCUCUUUUAGAAACCUUAUGAACAGAAAGCAGAGUGAUCACAUAAUGGUUAACAGACUGACUCUAAGAGCAGACCCAACCUUCUUUAAGGCAAUGUUUAACUCAAUAAGAGCUUUGUUAAGGCAAAGUUUCCUGAAAAAAACUUUCUAUGUUCUGUCUCUGUUCUCAUAUUUAAAAACCCUUAUUUGGUUUCAAGACGACGUAUGGUAGGUUUAAAUACAAUGUAUGGUAGGUUUCAAGACGAUGUAUAGUAGGUUUCAAGACGAUGUAUAGUAGGUUUCAAGAGGAUGUAUGGUAGGUUUCAAGAGGAUGUAUGGUAGGUUUCAAGACGAUGUAUGGUAGGUUUAAAGAGGAUAUAUGGUAGGUUUCAAGAGGAUGUAUGGUAGGUUUCAAGACGAUGUAUGGUAGGUUUCAAGACGAUGUAUGGUAGGUUUCAAGAGGAUGUAUGGUAGGUUUCAAGAGGAUGUAUGGUAGGUUUAAAGAGGAUAUAUGGUAGGUUUAAAGAGGAUAUAUGGUAGGUUUCAAGAGGAUGUAUGGUAGGUUUCAAGAGGAUGUAUGGUAGGUUUCAAGACGAUGUAUGGUAGGUUUCAAGAGGAUGUAUGGUAGGUUUCAAGAGGAUGUAUGGUAGGUUUAAAGAGGAUGUAUGGUAGGUUUCAAGACGAUGUAUGGUAGGUUUAAAGAGGAUAUAUGGUAGGUUUCAAGAGGAUGUAUGGUAGGUUUCAAGACGAUGUAUGGUAGGUUUCAAGACGAUGUAUGGUAGGUUUCAAGAGGAUGUAUGGUAGGUUUCAAGAGGAUGUAUGGUAGGUUUAAAGAGGAUAUAUGGUAGGUUUAAUAGAGGAUAUAUGGUAGGUUUCAAGAGGAUGUAUGGUAGGUUUCAAGAGGAUGUAUGGUAGGUUUCAAGACGAUGUAUGGUAGGUUUCAAGAGGAUGUAUGGUAGGUUUCAAGAGGAUGUAUGGUAGGUUUAAAGAGGAUGUAUGGUAGGUUUCAAGACGAUGUAUGGUAGGUUUAAAGAGGAUAUAUGGUAGGUUUCAAGAGGAUGUAUGGUAGGUUUCAAGACGAUGUAUGGUAGGUUUCAAGACAAUGUAUGGUAGG